AUGCUGACGCUUCUUCGAGGCGAGUGCCUGCGAGGCGCCCGAUCAUCCUCGUCCAUCAUCCCAAGCACGACCGUAUCCAGCUGGCGAUGGCUGUCAACGGCCUCUUCGGAUCCAAAGGUCGCACACGCAGCUGCGGCGACCGGCAGGACGGUCAAGCUCGACUUUGAAGCGUACGAGCCUACCGCGGAGCAGAUCCGCAAACGACGCACCGAGGUACCUGUUUCGUCGCUCGUCGUAUGCCACGGUCUAUUUGGGUCCAAGCAGAAUUGGCGCUCGUUGGGGCGCGCCAUGUCGAGCCGGUUCGGCGUGCCCGUCUUCGCGCUCGACCUGCGCAACCACGGCACGUCGCCGCACAUUGACGGUCUAGCGUAUGCCGAUAUGGCGCAGGACGUGAUCGAAUUCAUGUCCUCUCAAAAGCUGCAGAACGUCGCACUGAUCGGCCACUCGAUGGGCGGCAAAGUGUCGAUGGGCGUCGCGCUGCACCCAGAGCUGCCCGAGGGCAUGCUGAGCAACCUCGUCAGCGUCGACAUGUCGGCAAAGCGCGGUCCCCUGUCCCCCGAGUUCGAGCGGUACAUUGAUGCGAUGAUCGAGAUCCGCGACAAACCCUGCCGCAGCCGACACGAGGCGGAUACACUCCUCCAGGCCACGGAGCCGGAUCUGGGCGUCCGCCAGUUCCUGCUGACCAACCUGACACGCAACCCGCCCAGCGCAGAGACAUGGAGCUGGCGCAUCCCCGUCGAUCUUAUCCGCAAGAACAUCGCUCAGAUCGGUGAUUUCCCGUACAACCCUCCCGGUGCUUCCGCCGACGAGGUGACCCCCGGCCACGAAAACUCGCCCGAACGAAAGUGGGACGGACAGACACUGUUUAUCAAGGGCAACAAGAGCAAGUACGUGAAUAGGCGCAACAUCCCGACGAACCAGAAGUACUUCCCGAACGCCAAGCUGGUGCACAUGGAGACGGGCCAUUGGUGCCAGGCCGAGAAGCCGAACGAGUUUGUGCAGGUGGUAGAGGAUUUCCUGACUGGCAAGACGAAGGAUGAGACGGAGCAGGCAUUGCAGCCGAGAUCCAAGGCAUAG